UCUGAGAAUUGAGACAUAGCUGCAACGUUUGAUGUAGCAAAUGCAGAGACAUCACAAGGGACUAAUGAGGGCAGGACGCAUUUUGUAUUGGACUGCAGGUUAAACUGGGCUAGGAGCUGUGAUAGCUGCAAACUGAGGAGCAAUAGUAGAAUUACAAACAGACAAAGGAGGGCAGGAAAAUAUGGAAAGGGGAGAAAGUUAAAUAAGAAAGGUAAAAAGACAAAAAGAAAACCCUAAAGAAUUCUUUAAAAGGAAGCCUCUCAGCUGAGAAUUGGUUAAGGGGAAGGAGGAGUGCAACUUCCUUUUCAGUUGUUAGGUUCUCUUUUUUUUUAAAUUUGUGUCUCAGAAGUUUCCAUAGUGCUAGGUCUAAUUUUCUGGGCUAAGAAACUGAAGACACAUACGGAGCAUUUCUGAUCUCCCAGGAACUCUGAAGUUAUUGCCAGUGCUUCCAGUGUUUAACACAUCCUUCCUUUAUGGGCAGAGGGUGAAUGAGCUGAUGGGAAAGGCUCAGUAACCUAUCAGUGUCACUCCCUGGAAACAAGGACCUAAAAGGACCACGUUUUAUGUGGCAAAACUAAGGACAGGGUCAGUGGUCACGCUGUGAUUAAAUGGCAUCAGAAGUCACCUAUGCUGAGGUGAAGUUCAAGAAUGCAUCACCGACUGCAGUGAUUGAAGCACCUCCUGAGAAGAAGAAGCACGAGCAUCAUCCCCAGAAAUACCCACCAUGGCUCCCAUGGCUGAUCUCACUGCUGCUCCUCUUGACGUGCAUUGCCCUUGUUGUUGUUCUCCUUGUGGUUCCCUUCUCCCACAGCAGCAAGCAGCCCACAGCCCUGCAGGAGAAAUUCACGGCGUGGGAGUGCGACUCAGCGGUGUCAGAAAACAAAGGCCAAGGCUGGAUAUGCUGCCCAAAGGGCUGGAAAAGGUUUCAAAACAGCUGCUAUUUUCUGUCCCUUGAUAAGAUGUCCUGGGCUGAGAGUGAGCAGAACUGCACUGGGAUGGGCUCCCAGCUGGUGGUGAUCAACAGUGAGGAAGAGCAGGUUUUCCUCUCUAAACAGAUAAAACAAGGUACGAGAGGACCGAAUUUCUACAUCGGUCUGCGAGAAGAGAUUAAGGAUCAGUGGCAGUGGGUGGACAAGACUCCCUAUAAUGUGACAGCAGCGUUCUGGCGAACAGAUGAACCAAGCCCGUAUGAUGAGGAGAAGUGUGUUGUAAUGCACAGGGAUUCAGAAAUACCCAACAACUGGAAUAAUGUCCCAUGUAACAGGCAUUGUCGGAUUUGUGAAGGUGCUGCCGUGACUGUGUGA